GCCGACGCUCCUUUGGGGGAGGUCGGCGGAGAAGGCCGCGCGUUGUGCCAGCGAGCGGGCGGCGAUGGCGGCGACGGCGAGCGCAGGGGAGACAGUUCACGUGGAGGGCUGUUGCAAGGAGACUCUCUGGGUGAAAGCGCGUAGGAGAGCAUCCUUCCACUUCGCUCUUGAAACACCUGCUUCUGCUCAAGCACAGAAAGGGAAACAAUAAGUUCCAGGAAGUUGCCGAUAAACUCCCUGGAUUUUUCUUCCCAUUUCUGAAUGAGGUCAUGACUCUUCUCCUCUACACGAUGAUGUGGGUGAUGCCUGUGGUCUGGCCAAGUCUCGUUCAAGGCGAGAGAAGAAGGAGAAAGUCGGGAGGAUGUCUGCUCUGGAGCAAUUGAAAAAGGCCAAGCGUGGGGAGAAGAUCAAAUAUGAGGUGGAGGAGUUCAGCAGCGUGUAUGAGGAGGUGGAUGAAGCUCAGUACUCCAAGAUAGUCCGGGAUAGACAAGAGGAUGAUUGGAUUGUUGAUGAUGAUGGUGUUGGCUACGUGGAGGAUGGCAGAGAGAUCUUCGACGAUGAUUUGGAGGAUGACGUGGUGGAAAAAAAAGGAAAUUCCAGUGCCAAAGGACCUGGCUCGAAGAAACAAAUGAAAAAAGCAACAGUGGCAAAACCCAGCAAUAUUAAGAGCCUUUUCAUGAACAGUAAUGUCAAGAAGCCAGCAGAGAAAGAUGUAGACCUGUCAAAGGAUGAUCUAUUGGGAGACAUCUUACAAGACCUGCACUCAGAGAAAAGCACAGUCCUUGCUCCUACCCCUGUUGUGACACUGAAGAAAAAGAAAUCCCUUGGAUCACCAAUUAAUCCAUUCUCCAUUAAAAAUCAGAUAUUCAAGGAACCCUCUCCAGCAAAGGCCAAAGUGAUUCGGCCACCACCCUCAGAUACCAAACAUCAAUUAGCCACUCCUCCUUCGAAAAAGGCUCCAGCAGUGGAGAAGGAGACGGAACCACCAAAGGAGCAAGAGGAAGUUGUUGAAGAUGUAGCGUUUGACACUAUGGACUUUGAUGAGCCGAUGGAGGUCGAAUCUAUGGAACCUCAAGAGCCUGCCGUCAUAAAAGAGGCCCUUUCUGAAGGCACAACAGGCCUUGUGGCUCCAAUUAGAGAAGAGCCCAAAAACGACAUUCUCCUCAAGACUGGCGGCUCAUGGGGGCAGGAGGACGAGGAGGCGGCUGUAAAUGAAGCUCUUCCGGAGGUACAGGUGGACUCCAGCAAGCUGCCCCUGGUGGAGGGUCCAGAUGGCGAGCCGGUUUUCAGAUUUUAUUGGCUAGAUGCUUUCGAAGACCCUUACAUUCAAGCAGGUGUGGUGUACUUGUUUGGAAAGGUGUGGAUCGAGUCGGCCAAGUCUCAUACAAGCUGUUGCGUCUCCAUCAGGAACAUAGAACGCACCAUGUAUAUCCUGCCACGUGAAUAUAAAGAAAACCCCAAGACAGGGGAGGCGUCCAAUACGCCCGUUGAAAUGAUGGAUGUCUACCAGGAGUUCAGUGAGCUUUCAGACAAGUUCAAGAUCAUGAAAUUCAAGGCCAAGAAAGUGGAGAAGAACUAUGCCUUUGAAAUUCCAGACGUGCCCACACAAAGCGAAUACCUGGAAGUCCGCUAUUCUGCGGAUUUUCCUGCUCUGCCGCCUGACCUUAAGGGGGCAACAUUUUCCCACAUAUUUGGAACCAACACUUCCAGCUUGGAACAUUUCCUCCUUAGUAGAAAGAUUAAAGGACCGUGCUGGCUAGACAUCAAGACACCACAGCUGCUCAGUCAGCCGGUCAGUUGGUGCAAAGUUGAAGCUCUGGCUCCAAGGAGUGACCUGAUCACUGUGGUUAAAGACUUGUCGCCACCACCCGUCACGGUCAUGUCCAUCAGCCUCAAGACCGUCCAGAACCCAAAGACCCAUCACAAUGAGAUUGUGUCCCUGGCAGCACUUGUCCACUGUAGCUUUCAUAUGGACAAAGCGCCUCCUCAACCACCCUAUCAGACUCAUUUUUGUGUGGUGACUAAACCUACUGACUGUAUCUUCCCAUAUGACUUCAACGACGCAGUGAGAAAAAAGAAUGCUAAAGUGGAGAUAGCAUCAACAGAAAGAACUCUACUUGGCUUCUUUCUGGCCAAGAUGCAUAGAAUUGAUCCUGAUGUUCUUGUGGGUCACGACAUUUUUGGCUUUGAUCUUGAAGUAUUACUGCAGCGACUUAACUUCUGCAAAGUUCCGCACUGGUCCAAGAUUGGACGCCUCAGGAGGGCUAACAUGCCCAAACUUGGGGGACGUAGCGCCUUUGCAGAGAAGAGCGCUACCUGUGGCCGCCUUGUGUGUGACACAGAGAUCUCCGCUAAGGAGCUGAUUCGCUGCAAGAGUUAUCAUCUGACUGAGUUGGCUGCGCAGGUGCUGAAGGUGGAGAGAGUCACCGUCCCACAAGAGAGCAUCAGAAAUCUUUACAGUGAUUCCCCACAUCUGCUUUACCUGUUGGAGCUUACGUGGACGGACGCCAAGCUGAUCCUUCAAAUGAUGUGUGAGCUGAACGUGCUGCCGCUGGCCUUGCAGAUUACCAACAUCGCCGGCAACGUCAUGUCUCGUACUCUCAUGGGCGGUCGAGCUGAGAGAAAUGAGUUCCUGUUGCUUCACGCAUUCCAUGACAAAAAUUACAUCGUCCCUGACAAACCGUCCUUUAAGAAAAUACAGACGGACAUGCAUGAAGGAGAUGAAGAGGUGGAUUCUGGGAAAGGGAAGCGUAAGAAGAAGGCAGCCUAUGCCGGAGGACUGGUGCUAGAUCCUAAAGUUGGUUUCUACGACAAGUUUGUGCUGCUGCUCGACUUCAACAGCCUGUAUCCGUCCAUUAUACAAGAGUUUAACAUCUGCUUCACCACUGUGCAGCGUGAGGCGUCCAGCAAGCAAAGGAAGAGUCAGGAAGAUGAGCCAGAGGAAAUCCCGGAGAUUCCAGAUUGUGACCUGGAAAUGGGAAUCUUGCCCAAGGAGAUCAGGAAACUGGUGGAACGUCGCAAACAGGUUAAACAAUUGAUGAAACAACACGACAUCAACCCAGAUCUUUAUCUGCAGUAUGACAUCCGUCAGAAGGCGUUGAAGCUAACAGCUAACAGCAUGUACGGCUGUUUAGGGUUCAGCUACAGUCGCUUCUAUGCCAAACCUUUAGCCGCCCUGGUCACACACAAAGGCAGGGAGAUUCUGAUGCACACCAAGGAUAUGGUACAAAAGAUGAACCUUGAGGUCAUCUAUGGAGAUACUGACUCCAUCAUGAUAAACACCAACAGCCGGUCAAUGGAUGAAGUCUUCAAGCUUGGCAAUAAGGUGAAAGCAGAAGUAAACAAGCUGUACAAACUUCUGGAGAUAGACAUCGAUGGAGUGUUCAAGUCACUUUUGCUGCUGAAGAAAAAGAAAUACGCAGCUCUGGUGGUGGAACAGCAAGGCGAUGGGCGCUACAGCGUCAAACAGGAGCUGAAAGGCUUGGACAUAGUUCGACGAGAUUGGUGUGACCUGGCCAAGGAAUGUGGCAACUAUGUGAUUGGUCAGAUCCUCUCAGACCAGACUCGUGAUGUCAUUGUGGAAAAUAUACAGAAACAUCUUGUGGAGGUUGGAGAGAAAGUAGCAAGUGGGGCAAUACCGCUCCAGCAGUAUGAGAUAAACAAGGCACUUACCAAGGAUCCUCAGGACUACCCAGAUAAGAAAAGUCUACCUCAUGUCCAUGUGGCGCUAUGGAUGAAUUCUCUGGGUGGACGCAGGGUCAAAGCUGGUGACACUGUUGCGUAUAUCAUCUGCAAGGAUGGUUCAAUGUUGGCGCCCAGUCAAAGAGCAUAUGCUUUAGAGCAACUCCAGAAGCAAGAUGGUCUCAGUCUGGAUACACAGUACUAUCUGGCCCAGCAGAUCCAUCCUGUGGUGUCGCGUAUAUGUGAACCUAUCGAGGGCAUUGAUGGGGUGCUCAUAGCUACCUGGCUGGGUCUGGACCCCAGUCAGUUCCGGUCUCAUCAGCAGCACCAAAGAGAGGAGGAGGUGGAUAGCACUCUGGGAGGGCCAAUCCAACUGACCGAUGAAGAACGCUACAAAGACUGCGAGAGAUUCACGUUCACCUGCCCUCAGUGUGGGAAGGAAAACAUUUAUGAGAGCGUAUUUGAAGGAGCUGGGUCAAAACUGGAACCCAGCUUUUUGAGAUGCUGUCAUGUGUCCUGUGGCGGCCGCCCCAUCGACUACGCUUUCAACAUCAGCAACAAACUGCUCCUCGACAUCCGACGCCACAUCAAGAAAUACUACUCCGGCUGGUUGGUAUGUGAGGACCAGGCUUGUCAGAACAGGAUCAGACGCUUGCCCAUCGCCUUCUCCCGCUAUGGACCCAUCUGCCCUGCCUGCAGCAGGGCGACCCUCAAGCCGGAGUACUCUGAGAAGGCCCUGUACAACCAGAUCUGCUUCUACAGGUUCAUCUUUGACUGGGACCACGCAGUUGCCAAAAUACUGCAAGGGGAAGAGAAAACUCGUGCCGGACGAUGGAACAAAGAAAAGGAGGUGUACCGGAAGCUUAAAGAAGUGCCGGAGAAAGCUCUCACGGCCAGCGGCUACUCGGAAAUUAACCUGGCUAAACUCUUCCAAGCCUUCUCCUCCCUCAAGUAAAAGUAGAAGAAUUAGGAUAAUAGUCUGGAACAUAUUAUAUGGACUGUCAAAUCACGUGAUCCAUGUGAUUAGGCGAGUAAAAUACAUCUAAAUGACCAUCUUGAGACGGUAGCUGCUAUACCAUGUUUUUCUUCAAAAAUGACUUUCCAGGCAUGUUCAGCAUGGUCCAAAAGCUUCAAAUUAGAUAACAAUAGCGACCUCGGACACUCGGACUUACUGGAGGCCUGAAUCCAAUGAACACAUGUUCUGAUUACCUCCAUUCAUGCUCAGUGUGUGUGUGUCACAAGGCAGGAUGACAAAGGAUUCAGGAGUUGACUCGGGUGAGGGGUCCCUCCUCUCUUUUGUCUCGGUAUCGAACAGCAAAUCUUCUCCUGCACAGCCUCUGUUUAACCGUUUUCAUCCAUUUUCAGUCCUCCUCCUCGCUCUUGCCCUAAUCCCCCCGAACAUGUCACUUCACAUUGUUUUUAACGCUUUUCAUUUUCUCUCUGGUAUUGUAAUUACUGGAGUCAUUUGUAUUGUGGUUUUGAUAUUGUUAGGAUUGUCUUUGAUACCGAAAUAAUAAAAAGAUAAAUCA